AUGACGUCGCUGGACGUGACGGACUGCCACCUCGUCACCGACGCCGCGCUCUGGGCCGUGAGCCGCCACUGCAAGGAGCUGCGGACGCUCGUCGCGUCGGGCUGCGGCCAGAUCACGCGCGUCGGCCUCCGCGCGAUGACGCUGGGCUGCCCCCUCGUGCAGCGCCUCGAGCUGAGCCGCUGCGCGUCCCUCGACGACCCGGCGCUGUCGGCCAUCGCCGCGGGCUUCCCCCACCUCGUGUCGCUGACCGUGUCCGAGUGCGACCACAUCACGGACGACGGCCUCGCGGUCUUGGCGUCGGGCUGCCGCGACCUCGAGCACGUCGACGUGUCGGGCUGCCCGCGCCUCGGCGAGUUCGGCGACCGGGCGCUGCUGGCCCUGGGCCGCUUCUGCGGGCGCCUCGAGCGCCUCGACAUGUUCGGCUGCGCGCACGUGCAGGACGCGGGCAUCAUCGCCGUCGCGCGCGGCUGCGGCGGUCUGGAGAAGCUGCGGCUCACGGGCUGCCGCGAGCUCACGGGCGGCGCGCUGGCGGCGCUGGCGCGCCAGUGCCCGAACCUCGUGGACCUGUCCAUCGCGGGCUGCGAG